AUGGUCCGAACACAUUCAUCGUACACGGCCAGCCCCACGCGCUUCCAAUCGCCCCAACGCAGUCCGGCGCGCCGCCCAUCCCAAGAUGGAUCACAAUAUGAGAUGGACCUGGACGCCCUGGGCCUCAACUCGACCUUUGAGUCUACCGAACUAGAAAACAGCCACCAACCGCCAGUCGAUCACGUGGACACGAGCGAGAUUGAGGGGCCGGAAGACUUCACCAUGAACAUGACCUACUGGAUGACGGCAGAUCUACCGCUGGCCCAGAUAAAAUCGCGAAAGGAGGCCAACACGAAACGACCGGUAAUACGAAUGGACGCCAUACAAGACGGGAGCGAAAGCAGACAUGCGACUGAAGUGGGUGACCCGGCAGUGGUGGUGGAGGACACGGAGCGGCGGAGAAGUAAUACAUCUCGCACAGCUUCUCCUACCAGGCGCGCGAAUGGUACUAAGAACGAGCGCCAGCACAGCUCGCCAGCCUCUGAGCGGUCCAUGGAGAACGACGAGAAGGUUCGGAGCUUUCUCAGCAACCUACCAGACACGGAGAUGGAGGGCGCGCUCACAGGAACACCGCUACAUGCCCCUAGACACAGCUUUCUCCAAGUCCCCCUGUCGUCACCCCCGAAAGCGCGAUCGCUACAGCCCACCGUCGAGGACUAUGAUACACCGCGGAAGCCUACGCAAGAGACUGUUAUACGGCACACUUCAGCUAUUAUCGAUACGAGUGAGCAGGACGUGGCGCGCAAUAAGAUUGCAGAGCUACAACAUCAGCUUGAGCAGCAGGAGUCUACUUCGAGAUCGCGCAUUACCGAACUUGAGACGAUCCUUUCGUAUGCCCGCUCCGAGCUCGAGAGCACGCGCAACGACAACUACAAGCACAAGGAGAAGGUGUCAAGUCUGGAGAAGAGCUUGGAGCAGCAACGUGCAGAUCACGAAGCAGCUCGCGCAGCUGCAGAUGCCGAGGUGAAGGCUCGAGAAGACGCGCUGGAGACCAGGAUGCAUGAGUUUGGAGAGCAAAUGCGCCUCCAGAACCUCGCGAAGCUGGAGACUAUGCUUGAAGAGUUCGAACGGCAGCGAAGGGUUCUCGAACAAGCCAAGCGGCAACUCACCGAGGAGGUGGAAGACAAAGACCAGAGGCUGGAAGAGAUGCAAGCAGAGCUGGUCCAGGUGCGCCAAAUACAUGAGCGCGAGCUACACGAUCUGAAGGAAACGCAACUACACGAGUCUGGGCAUGAGGAUGAGGAUGCUGCGAAGAAACGUCUCUUGUUGGCCGACCAACUCUCAUCGGUCCAAGCCCGCGCGGAUGCUCUGCAAUCAAGCCUCGAAACGGCCACGUCCGAGGCAAAGACAGCUCGUGAGGAAGCCCGAAGGAGAGACGAUAUGCGGUCCACUGUCGAAACACAGGCUCGACGCCAGACAGCCCGCAUUGCAGAACUCGAGGGACAACUACAGGCGGCGAAGUUCGAAGUGGAAUGCUCGCACGCUGAUGUGGCAGCUAAACAACAACUGUUCCACACGAAUCUCGAUCUCAAUUCUCGACUCCGCACAUUGCAGUCAGAUCUUGAGGCUGCACGAAGGGAGCUCACUGUAACAAACCAGCAAAGUCGUCGUACAGCUGACCUUGAAGAUCGCAUGAGGGAUCUCCAGUCGCAACUUGACGCAGCUCGCGCGAAUACAACCGCGAAUAAACAGCAAGACCCGCAUGCGGGCGAGCUGAGGGCGCGUAUCAAUUCUCUUGAGACGCAGCUCCAAUCUGCGCUUGCAGACCUAGCUGCUAAGGAAGAAGAACUUCAGCAUGUUGUUGCUGCCGACAGAGAACCCGAGUCUCCCCAGUCGCAACUCGAGCUGUCCGGCACUACGAAGAUGACAACUGAGGGACAACCACAGGUAGCUGAGCUCGAAAUGCGUAUUCGGUCGUUGCAGUCGCAACUGCGAUCUACUCAAGCCGACCUUGCUGCGAAGGAGCAACAGAUAUCAGAUCUUGUCGAGUCGUCCGAACAGGCUGAGCAACGUCUGAACACAGCCCAGGGUCGAUUACAGAGCCUCGAAACAGGCAACACGAACCUUCGCCAACAGCUUGCGGAAGCGCAUCGCGAUAGUGCCAAGGCCAGAGCUGAUGCGGAACGCUUCGAGCAAGACCUUGAAGAUGCCAAUGAUCGUCUUCAGGACGCUCGCGCGGAGGCAGAUCGCCGCGUAAACGACGUUGAGAAGAAGCUCAACAAGAUGAAGGAGCUGAAGCUUGAAGCCGAGAGCAAGUUCAAAGAGCUACGCGACCAGCACGAAGACAUGGCGGAAGGGCACGAGGCCAUGAUGGAGGAUGUCCGGGACAAGGCAGAAGACGCUGUACGCAAAGCCGGUGCUCUGCUCGAGCAAGAGCGUAGCGAGAAGCGGAGUCUUACCAAAGACUUGAAGCGAGCCAAAGACGAUGUAGAGAAGCUCCGCACUGCUGCUAUUGCAAAGCUUGCAGAAGAGGAUACAGACGACGAUACUACCAUCUCCUCAUCCGCAACCCAGACAGAUGCAAAAGAUGCCGAGAUUGCAAACCUCCGCGACAUAAUCCGCAAACAAGUCUCGGAAACCAAGACCCUCAAAUCCGAACUAUCCACCCUUCGCAAAGACAACAAAACCUUCAAGGCUACACCUACACCAUCGUCCCAGGACACGAUAGCUAGCCUGGAAGCUCAAAUUUCAGCCCUCCGCUCCGAGAACGAAGCCCUUGAGACUCGUCUCGCAAAUCAAGCUGCUGAGAACGCUGCUAUCAACCAGCAAAUGGACGAGAAGCUAGCCGCUCUUCUUAGUAAGCUUAUGAAGGAGAAGGCUAAGACAGUGGUGGGCAAGCGUGACGGACAGUGGACGGAGAGUGUGAGGGAGUUGGAGGAAGAAAAGAAGUUGCUGGGCAAAGUCUUGAUGAGACAAUGGGGAAGAGAGGAGGUUGGCAUCGAUGAUGAGAGGGAGGCGAAGGAUGGAAAACAGGCGUAUCGGUACAAGUACGUCAAGAGAUGA